GGCUGAAGCACUCGGCACUCGCGCACUUGAGAGAAUGCAGGCAGUCGAAGAGAGAGACGUCGUCAUUGUUGGUGGUGGCAUCUGCGGCCUAGCAACUGCCCUCGCUCUUCACAGGAAGGGCAUCGAGAGCUUGGUGCUGGAGAGUUCAGAGUCUCUCCGUUCCAGUGGAGCCGCCAUUACCAUUCGAACCAACGGAUGGCUAGCACUUGACCAUCUCGGCGUCGGGGACAAGAUCAGGAAGAAUGCCACGCCUCUUCAAGCAUAUCGGGAAGUAGGGCUUGACAGCAGAUCAGGCAUGCUUAUCAAGACUGAAGCCCCUCUCAGUAAGGGAGAAGUUCGAUGUGUUAAAAGAAGUGAGCUGAUCGAAGCUUUGGCCGGCGAUCUGCCUGACGGAACGAUUCGUUUGGGAUGUCGCGUGUUGUAUGUAGAAACGGAUCCUGUUACUUCCUUUCCGGUGCUUCAACUUAGUAAUGGAUCCACAUUAAAAGCAAAGGUUUUAAUCGGAUGUGACGGGGUAAACUCGGUUGUGCUGGAUUAUCUGGAGAUGAACCCUACAAUGGUUUCCUAUACCUCUGCGGUGAGAGGAUUCACCAGUUAUCCCGCCGGCCACAAGUUCGACAACGUGUUUGCCAUCACCAAGGCGAACGGCGUUAUAUUAGGAUGGGUCCCAGUCAAUGAUAACUUGGUCUACUGGUUUAUAACUCGUCUUUGGACCUCCCAAGAUUCGACUAUCUCGAGGGAUCAAGAGCUGAUAAGGAUGCUAAGCCUCCAGUCGAUCCAGAAUUUCCCCGCUGAGAUGACAGAGAUGAUAAAGAGAAGCGACAAGAGCUCCUUGUCGAGCAUGCGGUUCCGGUACCGCGCCCCGUGGGACUUACUCUACGGAAGGUUUCGGAAGGGGACCGUGACGGUGGCGGGCGACGCCCUGCAUGCCAUGAGCCCGUUCAUCGGGCAAGGCGGCAGCGCGAGCUUGGAGGACUCGAUCGUGCUCGCGAGAUGCUUGUCGAAGAAGCUCUCGGAGGUCACGGAAGAAGGAGAGGGGAGUUGCAGGAGGAAAUACGAAGAGGCGCUCGCGAAUUACGUGGAGGAGAGGAGGAUGAGGCUCCUCGGGCUGUCCGUUUUGUCUUACGUGUUGAAUAAGCUCAACGAAGGUCCGUGCACGGUGGUGAAGAUCGUCUGUGUUCUUAUUUUGAUCGUCUUCUUCAGGGACCGAAUCGCGCACACAGCAUUCGACUGCGGGCAACUCUGAAGAGAUUAGAUUUGGGCAACAUUAAGUGUGCUGUAGAUAAAUGCUUCAUAAUAUUAAUAAA